AUGCUUUCCGACACCGAUCAGAAUCCGAGCAGUACAGGAGACACACCCAAGCUGCGAGCCGCGUGCGAAAACUGCCGACAAUCCAAGGUGAAAUGUAACUUGGGAGCGAAGGACACGUGUAUCCGGUGCCUCCGCCACGGACUGUCGUGUCGAUAUCGAGUUGCCAAUCGGUCGGGCAAGCCGAAAGGCAGUAAGAACCGGGCUACAUUGAGGAAACUGGGCCAGCUCCCCGAGGGCAAGGCCGUAUUACGGGGACCUGAUAGCGGACCGACAGACAAGGGACUCCAGGUGAUUGAGCAGCGGUAUGGGGGGUAUGGAAUGGACCGAAGUAUGGACCACAAGACGUGGGAACCAGAAAGCCGCGAGAGUCUAUCAGAGAGUCCUAGGAGCCAGGAUGCGCACACCACCCUGCACUCAUGUCUGCCAUUCAACGAGUCCGCCAACAUGGAGUAUGCGUCAUCGUAUGGCGAUUCCCUGCCGCCGUCGGGCAGCGACCCCAUCGCCGCGCAUGCGUCUAUGUCGCCGACGUUCCUACAAAAGGAAUUCAUCACCAAGGGCCUCACGAGCUUCCCCCUCGCCGUGCACAUCCCCAGCGCCUUCCAGCCGACGUGCGAAUGCGGCGAGGCUCUUGGGUUCCACACGAACCGUCUCCGGCACAUGGUCGCCGAUCCGCUGCAAUUGCGCUUCGACCAGAGCCUGCAAGCCAUCCAGGCAGCACUGGCGGUGUGCCGCGAGUUCCUCCAGUGCACCAGCUGCCACAAGGACAACACCAGCCUGCUUCUGUCGGUGUCCGCGCUGGACUACACCCUGCAGCUCUUCGACUACUGGAUAUCCUAUGAUUUCACGACCGGCGGCGUCGACCGACUCCCACCACCACCGCCACCACCACUGGGCACGGUGCCCGUGACGGGCCCUCUCCCCGUCGGGUACGGCGAGUACGAGCUAGGGGUUGAAGAGACACGUCGCGUGCGACGAUUCCUGCUGCACGGGCGACUGCAACAGACGCAGGAGGUGCUGCGUCUGCUCAAGGAGGUCAUUGAAAUGAGCAUGUCCGGGAACAGCGAGGGAUUGGAAGAUAGCUGGCUGCAGCAGAUCAUCCGGGGGAAAAUGACAUCCCGUCUCUCCCAACUCACCUCCCACCUCACCUACCCCCGGGGCCUCCUCGCCAACCAAGUGGCCAUCAUCACCGGCGGCGGACAAGGCAUUGGCGCUGAGACGGCGACAUUGUUCGCGAACGAAGGCGCCAAGGUGAUUAUUGCUGAUGUGGAUCAGGAAAAAGCAACCCAAACCGCCACCGCCAUCAACUCUGCUGGCGCGGACCGCGCGCUCGCCGUUGUUGGUGAUAUCCUAGACGACAGCUACAUUGAGACGCUGGUCCAGAAGGCCGCGGAGUUCGGGGGUGGGAAGAUCCAUGUUAUUGUGAAUAAUGCGGGGUUUACGUGGGAUGGGGUGAUUCAUAAGAUCACCGAUAAGCAAUGGGACACGAUGCUUGCGAUUCACAACACGGCGCCGUUUAAGCUGGUGCGGGCCGCGGCGAAGUACUUCCGCGUGAAGGAUGGGGAGCCGCGCUGCAUUAUCAAUAUUAGUAGUACGAGUGGGUUGCAUGGGAAUGCAGGCCAAGCAAACUACGCCCUCGCCAAAGCCGGCCUCGUGGGCCUCACCAAAACGAUCACAAAAGAAUGGGGUCCGGCAUUCGGCGUCCGCGCCAACACCAUUGCCUUCGGCCACAUCACGACGCGACUAACCGCCGCAAAGGAAGACGGGGCGUUCAUCACCACGCCGGACGGCACGAAGGUGGCACUGGGGAUUCCGGGCAAGCAGCUCGAGAGUCGGAAGGGUCAGGCGGCAGCAGCAGCAGCAAAAGCACCGCAGUAUCCGGAUAUUCCGCUGGGGAGACCUGGUAGUCCUGCUGAGGCGGCGAGGUCGGUGUUGGCGGUGGCGAGUCCGUUAUUUGCGUAUGUUACGGGGGAGACGAUUCGGGUGACGGGGGGGAGGAAUACUUAG